GGCGUAUUUAGAAACGGCCGCUUAGUAGCCGAAGCUCCUGUUUUGAAAAAUUAAUGUGUAUAUAUAUUGUUAAACUAGAGAUUGUGUGGAAACAUUUUUAGUUUUUGAAUGCAUUGGAGACCACGCUGAACUACUGGACAAUUCAGAGUGUACAAGGUUAAGUCUUGUUUGGCAGGUGCUGAAUGAGAAAUAUGGCAACCGGUGGAACUUCAUUUAAUGACUGUGCCGAUGAACAGGAAUUGCACAACUGGACCGUCAGCAACAGCAGCCUGGACGACAGGCUAAAUAACAUGGACUGGGGUGUGCAGCAGAAAAAGCCAAACCGCUCCUCUGAGAAGAACAGGAAGAAGCUCUCUGCCGUGUCUGAGAGCCGUUUGACCAAUGACAUUUCUCCAGAGUCGACACCAGGUGCCGGCAGGAGAAGAGCACGCACUCCUCACUCCUUCCCUCAUGUUAAGUACACUACACAGAUGUCUGUACCUGAUCAGGCUGAGCUUGAGCGACUGCGUCAGCGCAUAAACUUCACAGACCUGGAUGAGAGGAGCAUCGGGAGUGACUCCCAGGGCCGCGUCACUGCAGCAAACAAUCAGAGGCAACUUUCUUUAGAGCCAAAGAAACCCUUUAACUUUCUGCCAUUGCAUGUCAACACUAACAAGAGCAAAGAGCCUUCAGCGUCUGCCUCAGCUGCUACCACUCCAGGGGGAAAAGAGUCCAAGAAGCUAAGCCCUGGGAAGGAGCUGUUUGCCCCAGUGCCCAUUGUUCCUGUCAAGGAGUCAUAUGGACCACAUCGGCCUCCUAGAGGAACAGUGGAGGAUAGGAGAGGGGAACCAGCCAUCGACAGCAGUCAGGUGGUCAGUAAACUGGUGCAGAUCCGUGAGAACAUCAGCAAAGCGAGCUCCAUGAGGGAUGACCUGCUGGAGAAAAACGACGUACCUGCCAACGUCGAACGUCUCUCUCACCUCAUCACACAUCUGAAAGACCAGGAAAAGUCCUACUUGCGCUACCUGCAGAAGAUGCUGGCGAGGGAGAACGAGGGUGAGGAGGAGGAUGAAGGUGCCACGGUGGACUCGGCAGUGUGUUCGGGCUCCAUGGCCGAGAGUGCUUCUCUAAACAUAGAGCCAUGUUUAGAAGCCACAGUUGCCACUUGUUACGGAGCAAGGGGAGAGCAGAAGGAAGAGUUGGAGAAUCUAAGGAAGCAGCAUGAUCUUCUGCAAAAGAUGCUGCAGCAGCAGGAGGAGCUGAAAGAGCUACAGAACAGACAGGCAGCGCUGCUUACCAUGCAGAACCGAGUCCAACAUGCCAUGGACGAUACUGUUGUAACAGAAACUGCAGGAAGUGUGUCGGGUGUCAGCAUCACUUCAGAACUUAAUGAUGAGCUUAACGACCUGAUACGUCGCUUCCACAACCAACUACACGACUCACAGUCCCAGGCAGUGCCUGAUAACCGCCGUCAAGCCGAGAGUCUUUCUCUCUCCAGAGAGGUCGGCCACUCUCGCACUACACAGAGUCCACGGGUGCAGCAGCCUCUGGUCUCUGCAGCCUUUUCUGCCAGUGCAAAGCUCACUAAACUGCAGGAGCUUCAGGAUAAGAAGCAGACGAUGGACACGAUUCUUCGGGAGCUUCAUUCACUUAGAGACCAGACUCUUAACAACAGCUCUAGUCGUGGUGCGUCACAGCGAGUAUUGGAGCAUCCGUCAGCAUCAGGGCGAGAGGGGAACAGUGUGGGUGCAAUGAGGCAGGAUUCUUCCACUCGCGAUGAUGGUGGAAACCCAGCUGAAAAACUUAGGAAACUGAAGGAGGUGCACAAGCGACUGAAUGAGCUAAGAGAGCUGGUGCAGUACUACGAGCAAACAUCUGACAUGAUGGUGGACACAGUGAACGAGAACGUGCAUGAAGACGAGGAAGAUGAAACGGAGGAUGGAUCUUUGUUUGAAGCCAUGUUCGACUCAGAACAGGAGAACAGAGAGCCUGUUACUACUAUCAGGAACCCGGCCCAAUCACAGUCCACAACAAACUGGAUAGAUAUGAACACACUAACAAAUGCUGGCAGCAGCUCCAACAACCGAUUAGGACGCCUGAACUCUGAGUGUGAGGUUAACAACCGUUCAGCUGCUAACCUGCGUAGCCUCAACGUCCCUUCUACCAUAGAGUGCCAGUAUAACAGAGAUGGCCCUUUCAGUGGCCCAAAGCACAGAAACAGUGAUGACGAUGACGAUGAUGGUGUAGAGGAGGAAGAUGGUGCAAGAGCAAGAAGUUCAGGCUCUGGGUCCAGUCGCAGGAGCAGCAUCAACGAUGAUGCCGAGUUCACUCAGAAAGUCCGUCGUCUACAAACGGCUAAACAGAAACUGCAGCAUCUUCAAGAGCUCGUUGCUAUGGUGCAGAGUGAUGACACAGAUGCCACCACAGCUAAUGAGGAUGAAGGGUUGCAACAGCAGCCCAACAACACCAGAGCAACAGCACCAAAAGCCAGGAGAGAACUGGCCCUCUCUGAUAAAGCUAGGGAGAAACUGUAUGAAGAGAAGCUGAGGCAGCAGCAACACGAGCUUAAGCAGCUUCAUGAGGAGAGACAAAGAUUAAUGGAGAUCCAGGGCAAAAUCCAAGAUCUUCGCUGGGCCUGUCCUGACCUUCAGUCAUCAGUGUCCAGCACUACGAGUGGUGUUAUGAAGAAGAAGAUUCCAGCUGCAGCGUCCACUCCUGCUGUUGUACCAUCAGCGUCCUCAGCCAAGAGCAACACCGCCAUGCUCAAACAGACCACUGAACCGCCACCUGUCACCAUCACAGACAAUGAGUUAUGGUCGGAGAUGAGGAGACACCAGGUUCUGCGCGAGGAACUAAGGCAGCGACGGAAACAUCUUGAGAGUCUGAUGGCUGAGCAGCAGAGGAGAAGUGGUGCAAACACUACGCAGAACUACGGCCUUGAUGAUGGGACCAUGGCGACGUGGGGUGGCUCCACCCAGUGCCCCCUGGGUGAAGAUGAGGAUGAUGACUGCCCAUCUGAGCUCAGAGAAGGGGAGGAGGAUGAGGACGAUGGUGGAGCAGAGUCCAGCUCUUCUGAUGAAUCCAACGUGUACCUCAACAAACACCCCAACAACACUAAGAACAGAGACAGUCUAAAGGGUUCUUCUUCUCACUGUGCAAGGUCUCAGCCCUGUCCUAAUCCAAGAGGCGAAGCAAGGAGGCAGGAAAACCUGCGCUGGGCUGCAGACCUUUCUGCCUCAGAGAGCGCCACACACUCUCACCCACACUGGCAGGAGCAGAUAUCCCAGCUGCAGAGACAGCUGGGCUUCAGCACAGCAAUGUGCCAGAUGCUGCUGCAGGACCAGCAGACUCUGUCGUGCAUGCUGCAGUCUUUUUUGGUGGCACCGUAUAACGUGAUGCCAAAUAAUCUGGGACCACCACAGGUUCCCCUCAUCAUGCACCAGCUCAACCAGUGUUACACACAGCUUGCCUGGCAACAGAACAACGUCCACGGUUUGAAGCAAACUCUGAAUGAGCUGCUUCGGCAGCAGCAGCCAUCAGCAGCUGUGCAACAGCAGCAUCAGAACACAUCGCAGAAUCCUGUAUCUCCGUCACCUUACAUUUCCUUCCCUCCUCCCAUUAACCCACUCGACAUGAACAACUACUCCCCACUGUCUACUGCUGGUACAGAGGCUCAGCAGGUGUCUGGAGUUCAGGCCGGUUCAGACCAGCAGCAGCAGCAUGACCCCAACAUGUCUCUUAAAACAGAGUACAUGAGCUUUCCCCCUCCACUGCAACGGACCCCACUUAACAAUGCUCACACCCACUCUCCGAGCGACACUCACAGCUCUAGCUGGUUUAACUCCUCUACGAACAGGUCAUGUGACCAGCGACGCGACGACGCGCAGCUGGACUCGCACGAUUCCCUGAGCAGUCCAGACCGUGCUGACCCCUCCACUGUCACCAAGAGCUUCAGACCUGGACGCAAGGCCUCGGCUCAGGCCAGCCUUGCCUCCAGAGACAAAACCCCAAAGAAUCGGCGGAGGAGAGCUAAGAAUCAAAACGCCACUGGUUUGGACAGUGACAGUAUUUCCAGUGCCUCAGAAUUAGGCCCGGAGCACGAAAGCAAGCGUGAGAGAGAACGAGCAGCUCAGCCAAAAGCCAGAGAUCCAAACCAGAGCUUACUGGACAGACUGACACAGGCAAAGCUGGACAGCAAAACUAAGAUGAGCAAACACAAUGACCUUUCAUCAGCAGCGUAUGCAUGGAGAACCCCCUUCCUCUCUAACCAAAUCGCAUGCACAGAAGCUCAAGAAACCAGCAGUGAUUUCUCUUUGUUCGAGGCUUUGAGGGAAACCAUCUACUCGGAGGUGGCGACGCUGAUCUCUCAGAACGAAUCGCGUCCUCACUUCCUCAUUGAACUUUUCCACGAGCUGCAACUACUCAACACAGACUACUUGCGUCAGAGGGCACUCUACUCCCUGCAGAAUAUUGUUACUAAGCACUUGACUGAGAAGAGUGUUGCUGAGGAACCAGGGUCAUCACUAGGACCUGAAUCACAUUCUGAGCUCACUCCCAGUGAAAGUCUAGGCCCUUCUGACAAUGAUUUGUCUGAAAAGGAUGUGAGGGUUAAAGUCACCUCUGGUAGAAAAAGACCCAAUGCAGGAGACUCGGCAGACAAUGAGAGCCUGAUGUCUACGUCUUCUAACCUGGAGCCAUUCGCCAGUGAUGAUCUGGGUAACACGGUGAUACAUUUAGAUAAGGCUCUGGUGCGUAUGAGGGAGUUUGAGCGUAUGAAGCUAAAGGCUGGGCUUGGUGCUGGGGCCGCUGCCUCUGCUCCUGUCUCUUCAGCACCCUCUACCUCUAACCCUAAGCUUUCUGCUGCUGCAGCUGCUGCUCAUGAUAAGAAGGAGGAUUUAGCUCCUAAUCAAGUAGGUCAAGACUUGCGCUGUCCCCAGAUUGAUACACAGCAGUUGGACAGACAGAUCAAAGCCAUCAUGACAGAGGUCAUCCCCUACCUAAAGGAGCACAUGGGUGAGGAGUGUUCUCCACAGCUUCUGACAUCAGUGAGACGCAUGGUGCUGACACUGACUCAACAAAAUGAUAACAGUCGUGACUUUAUGCACUUCUUCCACCGACAGCUUGGGAGCAUAUUGCAGGAGUCUCUGAGUAAGUUUGUGGGCCGAACCCUGCAGGACUGCGGGGAAGAUCUGCUGGUCGAGAUCUCUGAGAUCCUCUUCAACGAGCUGGCCUUUUUCAGACUCAUGCAGGACAUUGACCAGAAUACACACCACGUCAAGAGACACAACCAGACCACGCCCACCAAACGUACUCCCAAUAACCAGGUAAGAAAUAUUGAAGCAGAAAAGACUUUCUCACCUUCAUAUUUUGAUGAGGAUAAAGAUCGGGAUGAGACUGAACAGGAAAGGUUUAAUCUCAGCCUCAACAUAGAGAAGGAUGAAAAGGAAGAGAAACAAGCAACAUGCAGCGAAUCCUCAGAGCCUGAAGAGGAGGAAGGAGAAGGACUGCCGCUGUCCAUACGUUUGUCUAAAGCGGAGACGCAGCCGUUGAAUAAUUAUGGUAGCGGUGAGGACGAGAACGAGCUAGAGGAGGUUGAGGAGUUUGAGCCUGGAUCUGUCGAGGUGCAGACAUCCCUUCAGGCCUCUGACAGCUCAGCAGAACAUGCACAGUGUAAUGGAGAAAUACUAAAUGGAGCAACACAGGAAACCAAAUCAGACCAGGAGAGCACAGCAAGCACCGAAGCUAAAAGCAGUCAAUCUGAGUCCAUAGAGAUAGUGGAGGUGGAAAGAGAAGCUGAAGAUGCACAGACAGAGAGGAAGGACGAUUCCGCUGGUCCCGCUGACCCUCUAGCACAGGAGAGUUUUCAAGACUCCAACACAACCAGUCCUCAAACAGACUCGCCCGUUCUGGUUAACCCUGAUGAGGUCGGGUCUGGAAACACCAGUCAGAAAUCUGAUGAGGAGGAUUUUGUGAAGGUUGAAAACAUACCGCUGCAACUCUCUGUGAUGUGUGAGGAGGAGUUGCGUAAGCAGAUAUUAGAAGAACAGAGAAACAACCACCUCACUACAGAGAUCCUUAAUGGAAAUCCUGAAGGUCUGACUGAACUGGUGGGCGGAGCACAUGCUCUUAAAGAACCUGAAACGGUUGGAGCCCAAAGUGCAUGAAGAACCAUUUUAACAACUUUUGUCCUUAACGAAACACUACAUCAUCAUCAUCUGUACUCUUAAUGGGGCUUUAUUUAAAAUUCUUAUGAGGAAUUAAUUACUACAAAUGUGUAAUCACUCUGUGUGAUUUCAUUCCUCACGUUUCUUGCCGAGCAAGUUUAACCUGAGCCUUGAUGACCGAGCUAAUGUUGCGUUUCAGUCACUGUUAGCCAUAAUUAUUCAGACGGUUCUGUGUAUGUAUUAGUUUUUAUGUAGAAUGUUUUAGAGCUGUUGUAGAAGCUGCUUAAUAAAAGAGGGGCACUUGUCGCACUCUUGUUUAGUCUUUAACACACUGGAAACGAUGAACAAAUUGCUUUUGAAUGUUCUUCAUUCUGUUUUCAUUCUGUACUCUUUUUUUUCUGAAAGCCCACACAGCUCCUUCUUUUGCACUUUCAUGCCUCAUGCAUAUUUAUUAAAGAGAUUAAACCGUUACAUAUUUUGUUUCAUUUAAUUGGCAGUAUAAUUGUUUGCCUCAGAUUUUUCUUAAUGAGAAGAAACAAACUGUAAUCUUAAAUCUCCUCUGAUUUUCUCAUUGGGUCAUCCUCAUUUUUCCACCAGGAGACAGUGCUUCAGCCUUAAUUCACUCUUUUAAUACCCUUUCCUCACUUUGUAUUUUUAGCUUUUAUUUUUUAUGUUAUACAUUUUUAGCGCUUUAGUUCUCGGACUGUUUAAGAGGUUUGUUGCAGUUUUAAGGAAACCAAUAAAAUAUUGAUUUUUACUUUGUCCCUCAAAAA